GAUCGUUAAUCUUGGAACAGGUGGUGAGGUACAUUUGGUCAAGCUAGCGUUAUGAGGAAAACUGUUGGUCUCUUGUUGGUCGUAUUCCUGGUCCUUCACUUCAACCAUCAUGUUGUCCUCCGAUCUGACUGUUUUACGUUGGAUGCUGUUCCUUCCAACGAACAGCCUUAUCGAACAGCUUUUCACUUCCAGCCUCCCCGAAACUGGAUGAACGAUCCUAAUGGGCCAAUGUACUACAAUGGAGUUUACCACCUCUUCUAUCAACACAACCCAUUUGGUCCACUCUUUUCAAACCAAAUAUACUGGGCACAUUCUGUAUCACAUGACUUGAUAAACUGGACCCCUCUAGACCUUGCCAUCGCCCCAACCGAACCUUUUGACAUUAACAGUUGCUGGUCAGGUUCAGCCACAAUCCUGCCCGGGAACAAGCCAGUGAUAUUAUACACUGGAAUAGAUUCAGAAAACCGCCAAGUCCAAAACUUAGCCAUCCCAAAAAAUUCAUCCGAUCCUUAUCUUAGAGAAUGGGUCAAGUACACUGGAAAUCCCAUCAUAAACCUGCCCGAGGGGAUUAAAAAUGACGACUUCAGAGACCCGACUACUGCCUGGCUUGCAGAUGACGGGAAAUGGAGAAUAAUUGUUGGGAGUCAGAAAGACAAAACUGGAAUUGCAUUUCUUUACCAAUCAAUAGAUUUUGUUAAUUGGAGUCGAUAUGAUUCACCACUUCAUCAAGUAGCGGGUACUGGAAUAUGGGAAUGUCCUGAUUUUUUCCCGGUUUGGGUUGAUAGCACAAAAGGGGCUGAUACAUCUGUCAUGAACACUAGAGUGAAACAUGUGUUGAAGGUUGGAUUGUGGGAUUAUUCAGUAGACUACUACAUGAUCGGGAAUUAUAGUCCUGCAAAAGAAAACUAUAUACCCCAAAACGAACUAACGCUUAGCACUUUGAGAUAUGAUUAUGGAAAGUACUAUGCUUCAAAGUCAUUCUUUGACCCUGUGAAAAAACGAAGGAUCUUGAUGGCGUGGGUGAAUGAAUCUGAUUCUGAAGCCGAUGAUAUAGCUAAAGGAUGGUCUGGACUUCAUUCAUUUCCAAGAAGUCUUUGGCUCGAUCAAAACCAGAAGCAGCUUGUACAAUGGCCUAUUGAGGAAAUUGAAAUGUUACAUGAAAACAAAGUUAGUUUCCAAAAUAAGAAAUUUGAAGGUGGAUCAUUACAUGAAGUUCAGGGAAUAACUGCUUUUCAGACCGAUGUGACAAUUUCAUUCAAACUAACUAGUUUAGAAGAGGCUGAAGAACUGGACCAAAGCUGGAGUGAUCCACAGCUUAUCUGUAGUGGAAUGGAUGCAUCAAAGAAGGGCAAGUUAGGACCAUUUGGGCUGUUAGCUUUGGCUUCCAACGACUUAAGUGAACUAACUGCAAUCUUCUUUCGGAUUUUUCAAAAAGAGGGACAAUACGUUGUGCUAAUGUGCAGUGAUCAAAGCCGAUCUUCUACAAGGAUUGGGCUCGAUAAAACCACAUAUGGAGCAUUUGUCGACAUAAAUCCUCAACAUGAUGAAAUUUCACUGAGAACCUUGAUAGAUCACUCAAUCAUUGAGAGCUUUGGAGGAGGAGGAAAGACUUGCAUUACAGCCAGGGUUUACCCGUCUUUGGCCAUUGAAAAAGAAGCCCGGUUAUUUGCAUUUAACAACGGAACAGAAAGUGUGGUGAUCUCUGAGCUGAGUGCUUGGAGUGUGAAGAAAGCUAGAAUUAACAUUGAAGAAACUAUAAGCUGUACAGAUCAUUAAUUAAUCUGCAGAAGAUGGUUGACCUAUCUGGUUGAUUUAUAAUAGAUGCAAACAUAUAUGUUUAGCUGCUUGCAUUAUUUGAGUACUAAAACUUGUAAUAAAGACUCCACUUUUGUGGUCAACUUUCAGGUUUAAGUAAAAUAAGUUCCCCAAUUUAAUGGUUUACUGAUCAA